ACGCUAGCACUCAAGGCACCUGCAGCAGCAACAACAGCUGCUUCGUUGCCUGAGUGCCUGCGGCGUUGCUGGAUCUCCCACUUGGCUGCAUUCGCCCCCGCCUCCCUCGCUGCCUCGCUGCCUGCCUGCGUGUCUGGUUGGAUUCGGUGGUUAACUAGUACCUACCUACCUACCUACCUCUCCCUCCCUCUCUCUCUUCUUCCCCCUUGAGAGCGGAUUCAUCUUCUUGUCGAUGUGCGUCGUGUUUAGGGAUUGAGUGGAUUGGGUUCGCAGGGAUGGAAUCGCAGCGGGUGAAGAAGAAGAACCGGGUUCCGAUCCGGGCGCUCAUUCAGGUUGCUAGCGUUGCCGCCGGGGUGCAAUUUGGGUGGGCGCUGCAGCUGUCGUUGUUGACGCCGUAUGUGCAGGAGCUUGGAAUCCCGCACGCAUGGGCGAGUUUCAUCUGGCUUUGUGGGCCGAUCAGUGGCAUGGUCGUGCAACCGAUUGUUGGGCAUUACAGUGAUAGCUGCACGAGUAGCUAUGGGAGACGGCGGCCGUUCAUUCUCGGUGGUGCCAUCUUGGUGGUGGUCGCAGUGCUUAUCAUUGCGUUCUCGGCUGAUCUCGGGUACCUCCUCGGUGACGAGAUUCUUGGGGCAACGCGCCCACGGGCGGUGCUCGUUUUCGUUUUCGGAUUCUGGGUUCUCGACAUGGCAAACAAUACCCUUCAGGGCCCCUGCAGAGCGUUGCUGGCGGAUUUCACAGGGAAGGACCAGAAGCGGAAUCGUCGAGCGAACGCUUUCUUCUCUCUGUUCAUGGCCUUAGGAAACAUUUUGGGGUUUGCGACGGGAGCGUAUGAUGGUUGGUACAAGAUUUUUGCGUUCACGCACACCAAGGCGUGUGACAUUGCCUGCGCUAACCUCAAGUCCGCGUUUCUGUUGGGUGUGAUUCUCUUGUCUUUCACCACUUUCUUGAGCGUGACUGCAGCCAGUGAGGUUCCGUACGAUCCUAAGAAUGCAAUCAAGGGCACCGCAACGAAGUCCGUGAGGCAGCCCCUGUUGGCGGACAAGCCCGUGGAUCGGAUUACCUCCAGCUCCGCAGCGGAGGCGUCGUCCGAUGACGACGACGACGAGGAUGACCAUGAAUCCGAAGCGCUUUUCUGGGAGCUAAUGGGGGCUUUGAGGGACCUCCCGAGGCCUAUGUGGUGCAUUCUCCUCGUUACCGCGCUCACGUGGAUCGCCUGGUUCCCGUUCCUCCUUUUCGACACGGACUGGAUGGGCCGUGAAGUCUACGGCGGUGAGCCGUCAGAUCCGCUGAAAAGCGUAUGGUACUACGAUGGCGUGCACAUGGGAUCUCUGGGGCUGUUGCUGAACUCCGUCGUGCUGGGUUUGUCGUCGCUUGCUAUUGAUUUUGUGUGUAGGAAGCUGGGAUCCAGCUACGUCUGGGGAAUCGCCAAUAUGAUUAUGGCGGCCUGCUUCGGGGGAACCGGAUUGGUCACCCUGGCCGCUUCUCGGGCAGCAGCUCUCGCGCCCAGUGCGGGCCCACCGACUUAUGUGAUCUACUCCGCGCUGGCGAUUUUCUCGAUUUUGGGCAUCCCCCUCGCAGUGACAUACUCGGUGCCGUAUUCACUCACUGCAACGUACACUGAGAAAGUUGGUGGUGGCCAAGGAUUGUCUGUGGGAUUGCUGAACCUCGCAGUCGUCGCACCCCAAAUGGUUGUGUCGGUGGGGAGUGGGCCUUGGGACGAGCUCUUUGGCGGGGGCAACAUGCCGGCCUUUUUGUUUGGAGCUGUGGCUGCUUUUAUCGGUGGCAUCGCAGCCGUGCUUCUCCUACCUCGCCCUCCGCCCGAUUUUACCACCAGGAACCGGCUUCGCAGGACUCACAGUUCCCCUAUUCCUUGAACUUGUAGAGUUUAUCGUUCCUUUGAAUUGUAGUGCCUUCGUUUUCCUGUAGAAGGUCAUAAAUUAUGGCAGGUUGCAGUGAUUUUUAGACUUCGAAUUUUAUGAAUCAGUCUGUGAUAAGGUCUUCGAUCUGCCAGAGUGUUGAUUGGUAUAUUGUGUAUGAUAAAGUAGGUGAUGUUCACAUGUGAUAUGGUGGUUAAGGGAGCAACUAAGUCGCAGUGCUGCUGAAACCCAAAUCUUAGAGUUUUGUUCGAAGUCUAUCGGUUCAAAUUCAAAUGGACUAAAUACCGUGCUGCAAUCAAUGCUAGGUCGGUUUUUUUUCGUAUGCUGAAAAUAGAAUUAUCCUGUUUUAAAAUUGUUAACUACUAACUGACAGUUCAAUGAAAACGCCCAUUUCCGCAACUA